AUGUAUACCGACCGCUACAAUAAACUGCUCAACCGAGUGAUGAAGGGCAUCCCGAGGUCGGCCAGAAAGGAGUUGCGAAUGAACCUCGCGUUCCCCAUGAUUGGUUCUCGGAACAGCCCGGAUAUAGAAGUAAUCGAUAGGGUGGACAGAACAGCCGUCAUAAUCGACGUGACUAUCCUGUUUGAAAAUGGAAGGGACGAGUUUGACGCGGGCAAACAAUGA